AUGGCAGCAGCGCCCGCCACCGUCCUCCGCUGGCCGCCGCGUGUGCGUAGUUCUACUCGCGGGGGUGAGGUGCACGCUAGGCCGCCCCCUGCCAGUCCCCCUCGCCGAGCCGCGCUCCGGCUACGCGCCGGCGGACCCUAUGUCCGCAUCCCCGACCUCACUGACGCGACGCCCCCCAAUGGACCACCGCGUUUGCGCGCCCCUACCCACGCCCGACGCCCAGGCGCGCCCGCACGGACAGUCAGCAGGCAGUGCUCAGGGGGCCGCCGGCUGGCUUGUGAGUGUGUCUUGGACGUGUCUUUCCCUGGUGCCCCGCCUCCUUCCCCCCCCGCCGCCGGACUGUCGGUCGUUGGUGUCUGUCGCACAAGGUGUUCACUUCCACACCCCGUGGAACCAGGGUACGUGCAUAAACACCGCAUUUUGUCUUUCUAUGCUAGUUGUGGCUGGUGUUCGGGGUGUGUAGUCCGUUAG